AUAACAAGGCAGAAAAACAAGCAUAUCCGUUUUCUCGACGCGGCGAUCGCUGCAAGGAAAGUAGACAUUUAUAGUGGUUGUUUUUUGGCUUAUGGGUUUUGCUAGUUUCUGAGGCAUUAGACAAGAAGUUCACAGGUUGUCAUGAUCAGGAGAGGAUAUCUUUCUUCACCAAUUCUUGCCUCCUUGAGCGUAGCGGUCUUCUUCAUUCAUGCCUUGGCAGACGAUGUUCCUUCGCCGGAUGGCACAUCAGCUACCUGUGUCUUAGACUUCAAGGAAUUCCCUUACCAGCCAAGCGGUGAGUGCAUAGGCCAACAAGAGAGAAUCAAAGACUGGAACAGCUUUGGCACAACACUUUGCUGCCGUGAUGUCCUCAACGUCCUAACAAAACUCUUAGCCUGGCGUGCAUCAAACACAAGCGGCUAUAUUUUCCUCCCAGAAGAUCAAUGGGCGAACUGUAGCGGUGGCUUUACCAGACAAAACCUUGUAUCACCAUAUUCAUGUGGCUUUGAUAAGCUCUAUAAUGGGAGAAGUUCUUGCUCAAGUUUUUCUUUGUCAUCAAUAAAGGAACAGACGUAUUACAAAAAUGCGGUAGCCUCGUGUUCGGAUUUUAGCUCUUCGUACGAUGAUGUGUGCGGCAACUGCAUCGAGGCAAUAUCGGAAGCGAGGGAUUAUCAGUUGCGACAAUUAGAUGUCAAAGAUGAUGACAAGGAGGAAAAAAUAGUUUGUGGGGUGGCAGUUCUUAUAUCUGUUGUGGCUGCAAAUUUGAAUAAUCAAUCACUGAUGAUCGAUGAUUUCUAUAGUUGCUUGCCUGCUUCAGAUGAAUUCAAUGAAGGGUACAUGAAAAUCAAAUAUUCUGUGGUGAAAGUGGUAUUUGCGGUCUUUAUAGCAAUCAUCGUAUUGUUGCUGGUCAUUCUUUUGAUAAAAUAUGUGAGCAAGGGCAAGAAGAAGCGUCCUAAACCUGUUCCUCAAUCUGAAGAGAUCACCGCCUGGUCUGGCCUCUAUAGAUUCUCCAAGGCUGAGAUUGAGAAUGCCAUUAAUCACAGCAAGGUGAGGAGGAGCCUAGGGAGAGGAAGUGCUGGGCAAGUUUAUAAAGGUGUUUUACCUAGUGGACAAGUAGUAGCCAUCAAGCACAUACAUAAUAGCAGCUCAUGCAAUUCUUUCCAGCGCGAAGUUGAAGGCCUUUCUAGGGUUAGGCAUCCAAAUCUUGUUUGUCUCUUCGGUUGCUGCAUUGAGGGAGGGGAACGGUAUCUUGUCUAUGAAUAUUGUGCAGCUGGGAACUUGUCUCAACAUCUCCGAAGGAAAGAUACUGUAUUGACAUGGGAAAGAAGAGUUAAGAUCCUAAGAGACUGUGCUCUUGGACUGAGAUACCUUCACCAUUUUAUAGAUGGUUGCAUCGUCCACAGGGACAUUAAGCUCACAAACAUCCUUCUGACUGAGAAUUUGGAACCAAAACUCUCAGAUUUUGGGUUGGCAAAGAUGCUUGGCAUGGAAGAGAGCAAAGUUUUCACAGACGUUAGAGGAACUAUGGGCUAUAUGGAUCCAGAAUAUAUGAGCAAUGCCAAAUUAACAUGUGCCAGUGACAUCUAUAGCUUUGGUAUUGUUGCUCUUCAACUUUUAUCAGGGCAAAAAGUCAUUGAGUUGGAUCUUGAUGCUAGAGACCAGCUCAUCCGAAAGGCAAAGGAUGUAAAUGCAGGAAAACGUCCGUUAACAGAUUUUGAAGAUCCUGGCCUCAACAGAAAGGUCAACAGCGUUGAUUUUGAAGCCAUUUUGCAAAUUGCUGUACUAUGUGUGGCAAAAUCAAGCAAAGGUCGCCCAACGAUUGAUGAUGUCUUCGAAGAGAUAGAGAAGGCUUGGAAAAACACACAAGCUGAAAUGAAAGCCAACAGAGAAAUCGGCUCAUCAAUGUCCAAAUCCGUGGAAGUGAUACCUGUGUAAGGAAAUAAGGCUGAAGGCUGAAGUUUAAUGAUGGGUGGUACCCUUGUUUUGUUUGUGAACUAUGAAUCAGUAAAAAGGUGGUGCUGCUUAGAAAUAAUUAAAGAUGCGAUGCUGUUACCAAUUAAGACGUCCAUAUCUGUAUGUUAUUAAGACCUUUUUCUGCUCCAUUCCCAGUGAGCAACUGAGAAACAUAUAUGAAUAUUCCUUCAUUGGGACUGAUCGAGAGGAUACGAUGGUGACGAAGAAGGAAGAGUUCUUGUCCUUGAUACAACCACAGAGACUACACAUUGUUGAUUGAGGAUCUCAUUUUGUAGCUACACAUUUAACGUAAAGUUUGAGGAUUUGAAUGGGGGAACUGGGUUUCAUGGAAGUCAGAAAUCAUCUGUGAGUUGAGAGAUCCAUGUACAGGGGCUUUUUUUUGAAAUUAAAUAUGUAUUCUAUAAGUUAUUAAGGUUUAAUGAUU